AUGAAAAAACAUGCAAGCAAGUUAUUAGAAAAAACAUUAAAAGAUUUAGAAAAGUUUGUUCAUGAACAAAAACCAAUAAGAGACAAAAAUAAUUUUAAAAAGAAACAACUUCAAUUCCUGAAAGGUAACGUAAAUAAAGCUAAAAUUCCCUUUAAACGUAUUUUACUUAAAAUUGAUAGAAAGAAAAAAAGACGUGCUGACAACAUAGAAAAGAAGCAUAAUAUGGGGAUUUAUAAAUAA